AUGGAUGUUACCAACGCAAAAGGUUCAGAAGGCAACACCACGGGGACCCGGCGUCGCCGCGUCAGACUAUCUCGGGCACGCGGAUUGAGAACCAAAACAGGAUGGGAGAGACGCGUGAAGUGUGACGAUGGAAAGCCCACUUGCGUGCGGUGCUCCAAGUCAAAUCGUAUCUGUCGAUACGCCCAGCUUGAUGACCAGCGACAUGCAAACGGACCCGGAGCCGACUAUGAGUCUCCGAGGGCUCAAUCCGAUUCAAGGGCGGGGAGAGUUGAAGACGCAUGUGCUGGGGGGAAGGAUAACAACAGUCCCAGCAUCCAGGAGGAACUGCAUGGUUCCCAGGAGCAGCAGCCGAGUUCUGGUCCAGCACCCUACUUCCAGGCUGCCUGCCCAGCACCUGCUGAAGCCUUCGCCCCACUGCAGCAUAGCGGCUCGAGUGAUACGCCACUGAAUGACCGUUUGGAUAAUGAUCAGAGACUGUCCAGCAUUGACUCAGGCUUCUUGGGUUCUCCACUUUCGCUUAGCCAGAUACCCCUACUCAACAUAUCCCCCGGUGAAUGGUUCGACCUAGUAGCACGGGAUGCUAUCAGUAACAUCCAAAGGCUCAAUGACGCUUCAACCGUGGACCCACGAUGGAGAUUUCCCGAGAUUGCCCUCUCACGGAGACAGUCACCAGCCCCUGCUUGUCCUGAGGCUCACCCCGAGCAAGCCGAGAGGCACUCUGAGCAGCAGCGACUCGGUCCAGAACAUCCAGAUGACGGGAUCGAGGCCCCUUUACUAGAUCAUGACCAAUUGCCCCAGCCUUGGAACACGACGAGUAGGAUAGAAUUAUCGGCACUCGACCUCAAGUUCUUUCGAUACUUCAUCGAUGUUGUCGGGCCAAUUCUAGACUUGUUUGAUCCCGCUCGGCAUUUCACAAAUGUUGUGCCACAUCUUGCACUACGGAACACAGGGCUUUUGAAGUCCAUACUCGCAGUUGGGGCUAAGCAUAUGUCUCUUGGUCUCAUGCAUGGGCCGGGUGAAAGUGUAUCAGGCGGCCAUGCGACUCAAAAUGCGAAUACCCCAAACUCGCUGGCAGCAGCGACAGACCUACCGUCAGAGUCAGACCCUGCUCCAGAGCACAUAGCUACACAGUAUUACUACGAAACGCUUCAAUAUCUUUCGCAGACAUUACUUCACCCGCCUUAUGCGGAAUCCCGUGAGAUUUUGGCGACAGCCACCAUGAUCAGCAUGUAUGAGAUGUUUGACGACAACGCCUCGACCAGUGGUGACUGGGAACAACACCUGCGAGGCUCAUUCUGGAUACAGCGGUCUCAGGACAAUGAUGGCGAGUCCGUUGACGGCUUGAGGCGAGCCGUGUGGUGGGCGUGGCUCCGGCAGGACAUUUGGGCGGCUUUCCAAACAGGACGGCCAACCCUCACCUUUUGGCGUGCUCGGAAGAAGCUCGAGGAGCUCGACUCGGAUGAGCUCGCAACAAGGAUAGUCUACAUCUGCGGCAAGUGCGUAGAAUAUGCCGCGUCGGAUGGUAUGUCGCCAAAUAAGGACCCAAGACACAGAACGCAGCAGGGUGACCGACUUCUUCGUGCACUCAACGACUGGCAUAGUGUUCUCACCGCUUCCUAUCAGCCGGUCACUGUCGCCACAGAUUCUGGCUCAAAUACAGUGUUCCCGUCUAUAUGGAUUCACCCGCCUAACCACGCAGGAGCUAUGCAGAUGUACCAUUUUGCAAGAGCUACCGUGCUGCUGAACCAGCCGACGAUGGGGGGACUAAAUGCCUACUGUCUCCGCGAGAAACAGCUCAGUGAAAGUGUCAGGGUGGUCUGCGGCAUCGCGAAUGCGUGCCAAGAACAUGAACCUGCAAUAGCCUUUGUUAAUGUUCAGGCUUUGUUUGGAGUUGGUCAGUUUGUUCGGUCCCCUGAGAUGCAGCGCGAGCUGCUCCGUAUAUUGGAGAAGAUGCUGAGGAUCAGCAAAUUCCCCGGUAAAGGGCUUGUUUCUAAACUCCAAAAGGCCUGGCAGAUAUAA